UUCUUACCACACCACACUUUCUUAUUUGAUUAUACAUUAUAUCUUUCGAAUCUGUGUUCCCCUCCAAAUAAGUCCCGCUAAAAAUGGCUGUUUUAGGGUCUCAAAGGAUUCUGGUGCGUUUAAUGCUAAUAUGUAUGGCGGCAUUGUCCACAGUGGAUGCCGCAGCUCGGCCUCAUGCUCAGUGGAGAAAGCUCUCCGCUUUGGUGGAAGAAGAGCCUCUUGUUUUGCAAUACCACAAUGGCCCUCUGCUUACCACAAAACCCAUUCUCAAUCUUCAUCUCAUUUGGUACGGCAAUUUCACUUCCGCGCAGCGUACCAUUGUGGCUGAUUUUGUGCAGUCAUUGGGAAAGGGAGACGGCAAGCAGGGAUCUCCCUCUGUGUCCGCCUGGUGGAAAACAACAGAGGCCUACAAAGGCUCUACCCCUUCCAAAUUAAACCGAGCCCAAAUCUUAAAUCCAAAGCUAGGGGAGCAAAAGCUGGACGGAGCUUAUUCUCUUGGAAAGUCGCUGAAAAGAAGUGACAUUGCCGUGUUGGUAAAGAGCUCUAUCCAGUCCAGAGCUCUUCCUCCUCCCCAGAAGGAAAAAGGCAAUGGUGAGGUGGAAUUGUAUUUGGUGCUCACAUCUGAUAAUGUUAUGGUGGAGAACUUCUGCAGUAGCUCGUGCGGAUUCCAUGACAGCAGCAAAGCAGGCAUUAAAUACGCAUACGCGUGGGUGGGGAAUUCAGGAACGCAGUGCCCAGGGCAGUGCGCGUGGCCAUUUCAUCAGCUUCUUUAUGGCCCGCAGAGCCCUCCUCUGCUACCGCCCAACGGCGACGUGGGCAUCGACGGUAUGAUCAUCAACAUUGCGGCGAUGGUUGCGGGAGCAGUGACGAAUCCGUAUAAGUCAGGUUACUUUCAAGGAGACGCCGCUGCUCCGUUGGAGGCGGUGUCAGCUUGUCCGGGAAUGAAUGGAAAAGGGGCUUAUCCCGGUUACCCCGGGCAAGUUUUGGUGGAUGAGACGACAGGGGCCAGCUAUAACGCCCAUGGUGUCAACGGUCGCACGUACCUUCUCCCAGCAAUGUGGGAUCCCAACUCGCGCUCCUGCAAAACCUUGGUCUGAAUCACCGUAAAAAAAAUUCAAGUGCGCGAGCAUGCAGUUCUUCCAACAGACUGGAGUUCUCCGAUAUCCAGCUUGUAAUUCUUUAUUCAUUUAUUCUUUUGAAUUAAUAAAUUAUUCUUUAUAUUAGUAA